AUGUCCCUUCCAAGAAGAGUUGGUGCUACACAGACAGCCGGUACAGCUUCGUUGCGCGCUCCAUCACAAUUGAAGAAAGAGUUGUUGGAAGAACAGAAGCAAGAGAUCAGAGAAGCAUUCAAUUUAUUUGAUAUGAACAAUGACGUGGGUGAAAAAGUUUUGAAUAGAGAUCCAUUGGAAGAAAUUCGUCGUGCUUUUAGAUUAUUUGAUGAUGACAACACAGGUAAAAUCAGUCUUCGUAAUCUACGGAGAGUAGCUAAAGAAUUAGGUGAAAACUUGACAGAUGAAGAACUAAGAGCAAUGAUUGAUGAAUUUGAUUUAGAUAAUGAUGGAGAAAGUGAGUAUAAUUUAGAAUGA